AUGGACAGUGGAAAUUGCUCAGCACUAAAUCAGUUCUUUCUCUUGGGAAUUACCAAUAACCCUCAGAUCAAAGUGAUUCUAUUCCCUGCAUUUCCUGUUGUUUAUUUCAUUAUUCUCCUUGCCAAUCUUGGAAUGAUAGUUUUAAUCAGAGUGGAUUCCCAGCUUCACACUCCAAUGUACAUUUUUCUGAACCACCUCUCCUUCUCUGACCUCUGCUAUUCCACUGCAGUUGGGUCCAAGAUGCUGGUGGACCUUUUGGUCAAGAACAAAUCAAUUCCCUUUCUUGACUGUGCUCUGCAAUUCUUCAUCUUCUGUACCUUUACAGAUGCUGAGUGCAUGCUGCUGGCAGUGAUGGCCUUUGAUGGGUACAGAGCCAUCAGCAGGCCCUUGAGCUAUGCAGUGGACAUGUCCAACAGGGUGCGCUCCCUGCUGCUGACUGGAGUUUACCUGGUGGGGUUGGGAGAUGCUUUUAUACACAUGAUGUUAACAUUCCACUUAUGUAUCUGUGAGUCUAAUGAGGUUAAUCAUUUCUUCUGUGAUGUCCCUCCUCUCCUGUUACUGUCUUGCUCUGACACACAGGUCAAUGAGUUAGUGAUAUUUACCAUUUUUGGUUUCAUUGAACUGAGUACCAUCUCCAGAGUCCUGGUCUCUUACCGCUACAUCAUCUUAGCCAUCUUAAAGAUCCACUCUGCUGAGGGGAGGCACAAAGCUUUCUCCACCUGUGCCUCCCACUUAACUGUAGUUGUGGUUUUCCAGGGAACUAUGCUCUUCAUGUAUUUCAGACCAAGUUCUUCCUACUCUCUAGAUCAAGAUAAAAUGAGCUCACUGCUCUACACCCUUGUGAUUCCCAUGCUGAAACCUAUGAUUUGUAGCCUACACAACAAAGAUGUGAAAGUCAGCAUUAAAAAACUGAAAAAUAAAAUUUUGUUUUCAUAA